CCGGCUGCGCCACACGGACUCAGCGUGCUCUCUGCAGCCGCCGCCGCUUCUUCCCGUGUCUGCUCGCUGCGCGCCCGGAGCAAAGAUGGCUGACGAUCUCGGAGACGACUGGUGGGAGCAGCAGCCGGCCGGAGCAGCCCGCAGCCCAGAAGCAUCAGAUGGUGAAGGAGGAGGAGGAGGCACAGAGAUGAUGCAGCAGGAGACAACUCCAGUUCUUCCCCAGGCAAAGAAAACCAAACAGCCUAAAGAAUGUUUCUUGAUACAUCCAAAGGAAACGAAGCAGGAGGCCACAAAGACCAAGAGGAGGAAGAAGAAGAAAAUUACUGAUAUUCUUGCAAAAUCAGAACCCAAACCAGGAACCCCUGGAGAUCUACAGAAAUUGCUGAAGGACUAUUAUAGCAGCAAUCGUUCCGUGAUUGAAUUGGAAGAACUGAACCUACCAGACUCCUGUUUCCUCAAAGCCAAUGACUUGACUCACAGUCUUUCGUCCUACCUGAAGGAAAUCUGUCCUAAGUGGGUAAAACUUCGGAAAAACCACAAUGAGAAGAAAUCAGUCCUGAUGCUGAUUAUCUGCAGCUCAGCCAUCCGAGCCCUAGAGCUCAUUAGGUCGAUGACAGCAUUCAAAGGAGACAGCAAAGUUAUGAAAUUAUUUGCAAAACACAUAAAGGUCCAGGAGCAGGUGAAGUUGCUCGAGAAGCAUGUGGUGUAUCUGGGUGUAGGCACACCAGGACGGAUUAAAGAACUCGUUAAACAAGGUCGCCUAAAUUUGAACCCCUUAAAGUUUCUGGUUUUUGACUGGAAUUGGCGAGAUCAGAAGUUGAGGAGACUGAUGGACAUUCCCGAGAUAAGAAAGGAGGUUUUUGAACUUCUGGAAAUGGGAGUACUCAAUCUGUGCAAAUCUGAGUCGUUGAAGCUGGGCCUUUUCUAAGGUUGGGUCCAAAGGCAGAUCCUUGUUUCACUUCUCUCUUGAAUGGGCCUGGCCCACCUGGAGCACUCAGUAAAUGUCAGCUUGUGUUUUAUCAACAGCGUCACCAAUGGAUCGCUGGGAUGGUCUCGUUGGAGAUUCUCUGCCUGAAAUCAAUGUCUUUUUUGCUAACUCCCUUCCUUGCCUAAUAAAAUGUCCAUGGUUUGCCUGAGA